AUGAUGGCCAUGCGGCCUUUUCUCCCUCUCUUGACAUUUCCCAGCGUCCUGCUUUCUCUAUCUUUGAUGAUCGUCGCUGCUGCAGAUGCCUUGAACGAAUCUCCGCCACGGCACUCUGCAUCAGCUUCCGCAUCGGUUCCAGCACCUUCCCAGCAGCUUUGCCAUGUCUCGACCUCCUAUCUUGCCCUAGCCUGGGCAGUGAUACGACAGAAAUACCAGAGCACACUACAUGGCCAAUUAGGCUUUGUGGACAUGGUGCAGCUGAUCGCAUUGUGCAGUAUUCUCCAAGGUCUGAGGCUAUGGCGCAAGAGAUCCCUCACGCAAAAAGAGCAACCUGGGAUAAGCGAUGCAGGCCAUGCCGAGCGCAUGGCUGGCGGCAGCACAAAGGCGUCAUCGCGUAAUUUUGUUGGGAGCUCAAAGCGAGAUGUGGAAUCUACUGAUCCUAGUCUAUUGAAAAAACAUUCCAGCUUCAAGUCCUACACCACUUCCUUUGCGACCUACCCUGUAAUCCGAACCUUUUACCAACCACAUCCACAAGCUGAUAAGCUCCCCUCGAAGCCGACACCUCUUCCACUCCUCGUCUUCAUACAUGGGCUUGGGGGGUCUUUGGCACAAUUUAACCCCCUUCUCACUAGCCUGGUCAACGUUGCGCCAUGCCUUGGAAUAGAUCUCCCCGGAUGUGGGCGCUCGGAAUUCUCACCCACUUCAUGGGACGCCUACACACCGAAGGCUCUUGCCGAAUUACUGAGCGUGGUGAUCAAGCAACAUUGUGACCAGAAUGAGGGUCAAGGAGCUAUAUUGAUUGGACAUAGCAUGGGUUGUUCUUUGUCAGCUCUAGUAGCAUCUACAGCUCUCUCCUCACAAGCCCAACCAAACGUCGAAGUCCUGGCAGUCGUCGGCAUAUGUCCUCAAGCAACCCCGCCUUCUGAUAAACAACUCGCUCUCUUUGAGAAACUACUCCUGGUGCCUACCCCCAUAUUCGAUAUCUGGCGGACUUGGGACAGGCGAGGUGGGCCCGAAAGUGCAAGCGUCGCUCGUCUUGUUGGAAAGGAUGCAGAUAUUGAGGUCAAGAAGUUGCAAGUAAGGUUCAACGAGCAAAGCCAGACUGCCGUUUGGCGAAGAAUGGCAUCGGGCCUUUUACCCAGUCGCCCCGCCUCAAAGUCGCCCGAGAAAGGAAUGCCUGGAGUCGACGUCUGGGCCAGCCUGAAGCUACCUCUGUUCCUCAUUGCCGGUGAAGGGGACAGUGUCACCAAAACAGACCAGCUUGUGAAGAUAGGACGAGCUUUGGGGAAAGUAGAUCGACCAAAGAGCGGCCAGUCAAUGGAAGCGCCCUUGCCGUCGUCCGAGAAAGGCACGUCCUCGAACGGAAGUGCGGAGCACCUUCCCCAAGACCAGAAAAGUCAGAGCAAGGCAUCUGUGACCGAACUCACUGUUAUCGGAAACGAAGCCCGACCUCACUCCAGCGUCCCUAGCUACUCUAGGCGGCGCCAAGUCCUCAAGACUUCUAUUUUUCCUUUUCCCGCUUCCCACGGCCUCCUCUAUGACCCUGCGACAUAUCGCACACUAGCUGGCCUUAUUCAUACUUUUCUCUAUAAACACGUCGAUACUCGCUUAUCCCUCGGUUGGCAGCUCCAGCAUCUUUCUACAGAAGGCAAAUGGGAUGUCAAAAAUCUGGCCAAAUGGCAAGCCGUGCGCCCAGUCUCCGAACCCAUCGCUGGUAUCUUCCGCGCAAUGAAGACCCUUCGAGAGAUCGACGAUACACACUCUCCAGACAUCUUCGUACGCAACUGGAAGGGCAGGAUUAAGGCUGUCAUCGACAUUAGCCAUGAAAGUCCAGUCUACGAUCCCAAAGGUCUCGAUGAGGGUGGCAUUGAAUACCACAAAUUUCCAACCGUUUCCAAGAUUCCUCCCACAGCGGAAGAGGCAGAGGACUUCAUCAAGCUGGUCGAUCGGCUACGUGCUCAAAAGCCGGAGACACCGCCCGAAGCAGCCAACGACAAAGUACUGAUUGGUGUGCACUGUCACUAUGGAUUCAAUCGCACCGGUUUCUUUGUUUGCUGCUACUUAAUCGAGAAAGAGCACUUCGGUGUGCAACAAGCCAUCGAGGAGUUUGCGAAGCAUAGGCCACCUGGGAUCAGGCAUGAACAUUUUCUGGAUCAGCUAUUUGUACGCUAUUGUGUCGGAUUAAAGAGAGCGCCUACGCUGUGA